UUUUAAAAAAAAUAAAAUAAAUUGCCGUCUUAAUUUUGUGAUAGGUGAAUAAUUAGGUGGUGAAUUAGCCAUGAGUACUACUGCUGAUGAAAAUGAUGGUACUCCUACCCGAUUGGAGGUAAGACAUUGCUCAAAUUACAUGCAAGGCUCUUUAAACAGCAGCGGAUCUGAAUAAAAAAACAAUAAAUACUUUAAUUUAAGGGGCCGGACCCUUAUGAGCCUCAACAAAGAUAAUGUAACGAUAUGAUCGUAAUAUAUUGUUUGUGUUGUGGUGAUCAGGGAAAAAGGAGCGCUGUGUUAGUAUGUUGGUUACUUGGAAUGGGGUCUCUCCUUUCAUGGAACACCAUGCUCACCGUUGGAGAUUACUAUUAUAAAGUUUUCCCGAACUACCAUCCUUCAAGGGUACUUACACUAGUAUAUCAACCAUUUGCUGUUGGAACAAUGGCAAUAUUUGCGUAUAAUGAACAGCGGGUCAAUACUAGAACGAGAAACAUAGCUGGAUACAUUCUAUUUUUCAUUAGUACUUUGGGAUGUUUAUUGUUAGAUCUAGGAACAUCUGGAAAAGGCGGAGUUGGACCUUAUAUCGGUUUAUGCAUACUAGUUGGUGCUUUCGGCGUUGCAGAUGCUUUUGUCCAAGGUGGUAUGUGUGGAGACUUGGCUUUUAUGGUGCCUGAACUUUUACAAUCUUUCUUUGCUGGUUUGGCUGCAUCCGGUGCUCUGACCUCUGUUCUGAGGUUAGUGACAAAGGCAGCAUUCGACAAAUCUCAUGAUGGACUACGCAAGGGUGCUUUACUAUUUUUGGCAAUCUCCACAGGAAUAGAAUUUUUAUGCAUUUUCUUGUAUGCAUACUACUUCCCUAAGUUGCCAAUUGUCAAGUAUUUCCGGUCCAAGGCAGCUUCGGAAGGAUCUAAAACUGUUACAUCUGACCUUGCUGCUGCUGGUAUCAAUCAAGUUGAGGAUGGUGCGAAAGUAGUGGAUCGUUUUACACUGAAACAAUUGCUACGUCAAAAUUGGGAUUACUUUUUGGGUUUAUACCUUAUCUAUGUGCUGACACUGUCAAUUUUCCCUGGUUUUUUGUAUGAAGAUACAGGAAAUCACACAUUAGGCGCAUGGUAUUCCAUUGUGUUGAUUGCCAUGUACAAUGUUUUGGACCUAGUUGGAAGAUACACACCCUUGAUAAAGUGCUUAAACUUGGAGUCUCGAAAGGGCCUAAUGAUAGCGAUUCUAGCUCGUUUCCUCUUUGUCCCUGCAUUUUACUUCACUGCAAAAUAUGCAAAUGAAGGAUGGAUGAUCAUGCUCACAUCUUUAUUGGGAUUUACCAAUGGCCAUCUCACGGUUUGUGUGAUGACUGCGGCGCCUAAAGGUUACAAGGGACCGGAACAAAACGCAUUGGGAAAUUUGUUGGUCCUAUUUCUUCUAGGUGGUAUAUUUUCCGGUGUUUGCCUCGAUUGGUUGUGGCUCAUAGGCAACGGAAGCUUUUAAUGGAGAACAGAACAAAUAGCGGAAAACAUAUAUAGAAAGC